CACAAGUCUUAUUCUUUCGAAAAUCGAAAAUUACAAUGGGUUUUUUUACUACUCUCCUCAUUGGAUUUCUCAGUCUAGCUACUUUAAAUGCGGCCUUUUGCAAUGGAGGCUGCAUAGAGAGGGAGAGGCAAGCCCUCCUGAAGUUGAAGCAGGAUAUGGUUGAUCCUGCUGCCCGGCUCGCCUCUUGGGUUGCUGAUGAUGAAGAUUGCUGCAAAUGGAAGGGAGUUGUCUGCGAUAAUGUGACCAGCCAUGUUCUUGAACUCUGUCUUAGAACUCCUACCGUGGAUUUUGAUCGCGAUCGAGUUGAUCAAUUUGGGGCUAAUGAGAGAUCGAAGCUGGGAGGUAAGAUAAGUCCUUCCCUGCUCAAUUUGAAGCAUUUGCAUUAUUUGGACCUCAGCAACAAUAAUUUCAGAGGAAUUCACAUUCCCAAAUUCUUUGGUUCUUUGAGCAGUUUAAGAUUCCUUAACCUCUCCUACUCAGGAUUUGUAGGGAAGGUACCUCUUCAUCUUGGGAAUCUCUCCAAUCUAAAAUAUCUCAACCUCAACCAAAAUUUUGACUUACAUGUUGAGAAUUCUCAUUGGCUAUCAGGUCUUUCCUCCUUGCAGUACCUUGAUAUGAGUGAGGUGAACCUUAGCAAGGCCGCCAAGUUGUUUCCAAUGGUAAACACACUUCCUUCUUUGGUAAAAUUAUACUUAGCUCAAUGUGAAUUAAGACCCCACGUUGAAGUCCAUCACAAUACAACCGUAAAUUCAUCAUCUCUUGUUGUGCUUGAUCUUUCUUGGAAUUUCAUCGAGAACUCUCCAAUAAUCAACUGGGUUUCCAGUCUUAAGAACUUAGUUGUCCUUAAACUAUCUGAAAACUCAUUUGAAGGCCCGAUCCCUAAUGAUCUUCAAAAUCUGACUUUUUUAAAGCACCUUGGUUUGUCGAGUAAUUCUUUCAAUUCUUCAAUUCCUAAUUGGUUGAACAGCUUUCCACUUCUUCAAUUUAUUGACCUCUCUUAUAAUAAUUUUGAAGGAGAAUACUCGAUUAGGUCAAUAGAAAGACUUUGUAGCUUAAAGUCAAUCUAUUUAGUUGGUGUUCACUUGAGUCAAGAGAUAUCUACUGUCUUCAAAAUAUUUUCGAAGUGCAUUUCUAUCACAUUGGAGUCUUUGGACUUGUCCAACUGUCAACUCUCAGGACGAUUGCCCAAUCAUUUGGGGGAUUUUAAAAAUUUAAAAAAAUUGAUUUUGUCAAAUAACUCAAUCUCUGGUCCUAUUCCAACAACCAUAAGUGAGCUUCCAACACUGAAAGUUCUGCAUCUUUCUGGAAACAAAUUGGAAGGCAGUCUUCCUAAGUCCUUUGGACCAAAUUUGAAAGAAGUUGAUAUCUCAUAUAAUUCUCUGGAAGGUGUUAUUUCUGAAAUUCACUUCCUUAACUCUACAAAUUUAAAAACUUUCGAUGCCAGUGGAAACCAAUUGAUGAUUUUGAAAGUCAAUCCCAAUUGGAUUCCUCCUUUUCAAAUUGUAAAGUUAGGGUUAAGUUCUUGGCAUUUAGGUCCAGAGUUUCCACAUUGGCUCCGUUCUCAAAAAAAUUUACGAUAUUUAGAUAUCUCUAACUCAAGAAUUUUAGACACCAUUCCUAGUUGGUUUCAGGAAUUGCCUCAAUUAGUAUAUCUAAACAUCUCUCACAAUCAAAUCCAAGGGCAACUUACUACUACGUUAAACUUUUUUAAUCAUAGCCAUUCCCCUGAUAUGAUUGAUUUCAGCUCAAAUAACUUUACUGGUCCAUUACCUUAUAUCUCCUCUAACGUGUACUUCUUAGACCUUUCCAAUAAUAGUCUUUCAGGUACCCUUUUUUCCUUUUUGUGUCCUCAGAUGAAUAACUCCAUGUCAAUGGUCCGUCUCAGUCUUGGCAAAAAAUUUUUGUCGGGAGAGUUACCAAAUUGUUGGACCAAGUGGCCAAACUUAGAGAUCAUGGUAUUAGCAGACAAUAGAUUCACAGGAGGAAUUCCAAGAUCAAUAGGAACUUCCUCUAAUCUGAAAUCAUUACAUCUUCAGAAAAAUUAUCUUUCGGGAAAAAUACCAUUUUCUUUAAGUAAUUGCACUGAAUUACUUAUGCUUGCUCUCAAUGAAAAUGAAUUGAAUGGAAGCAUUCCACCAUGGAUGGGUCAUAGCUUUCCGAACCUAAGACUCUUGAACCUUCGUUCAAACAAAUUUUGGGGACAAAUCCCAAAUGAGUUAUGUUCACUCAAUUCUCUCCAAUUCCUCGACCUUGCUCAGAAUAAUCUCUAUGGAGGCUUACCAAGUUGUUUUGGUAACAUAAGUAGUCUGCUCUCACAGGACAACCAUUUUGACAAGUCAGACUUUAGCGAGGCCUUUGAUUUCCCCAUUGGAUACGAUACCGGAGAUCUUUCGGAGGAUUUAAAUUUUUGGGAGGAUGCAGAUGUUGUGAUAAAAGGACAGAAGCUUAACUAUGACAAGACGCUUUAUUUGGUGGAAAUCAUGGAUUUUUCAAUUAACAAGCUAACGGGUAAAAUCCCUUGGGAAAUAACUAAUCUGAAAGGGUUGAUGUCAUUAAAUUUGUCACACAAUCUUUUCACUGGAAGGAUCCCAAAAGACAUUGGUAACAUGAGAAAUUUACAAUCAAUUGAUUUCUCUGUAAACAAAUUGUCUGGUUCAAUUCCGGAUAGCAUGUCGAGCUUGACUUUUCUCAGUUACCUAAACUUGUCCAACAAUCAACUGGUGGGGAGAAUUCCUACGGGUACUCAGUUGCAAAGCUUCAAUGCAUCAAGCUACGAAGGUAACAACCUUUGUGGCCGUCCACUAGCAAUUAACUGCAGUGUUGAUGGAAAUUCUAUACCUAGCAUCAACAACACAGAUGGAAAAGAUAAGGAUGGAUUCAAAAUAAACGGGUUGUUUGUGAGCAUGACACUUGGAUUCAUUGUGGGAUUUUGGAGUGUGGUCAGCCCAUUGGUGAUUAGCCGGCCAUGGAGGUGCAAGUACUACCAGUUUCUUGAUGACAUGCGGUGGAAAAUUAGUUUUUCUGUAACUUCCCCAUCUCUGAACAUGGACAGCACCGUCGAAGAAACCGCUAAAGCUGUCUCGGAUUUGGAAAUGGAUUCCGCCACACCUGGUGAAAAACAGAGCAAAAAUGCACUCAUGAAGGAACUUAAGAAUAAGCAGAGGGAGGAGGAGCGCCGCCGCAUGGAGCUGCCAAGUUGGCUGCUGCAGCAAAGACUGGCGCCCAGAGUUAGAAAUCUACAGUUGCAGAAGAUUAGGAUAUGGAUCCAACGAGAAGUAUGGAGGCUUAGGCAAUGGGGAGCAUAUGGAGGAUGUCACUUAAGCUUUGGCAGGUCGAAUCAUGAGCAAACGAGCAUACAGUUCAAAGCUGUUCUUUUCUGAUUUGCGUGGUGGUGGUGCUAAAGUUCAAGUUAUGGCUGAUGCUAGGUAUGUAAUGUAUUCAUUUUCUUACUCGAAACUUGUAAGUGAUUGCUUCUUCUUCUUGAUGGGGGGUGGGAGUGGGAUUGGGUUGAGAGUCUAUGAGGAAUUCAAGGUCACAUUAAUUCAAUUUCU